CUCAAAAACACGACCUUGUAGUUGUGACCGAGCUAGUUUCAAGCCUCUCUCUAUCUCUCUUUCUGACUCUCUAUCAACAUGGCUAGGGCUCGUGGUGGACGUAUGCCCAGGCGUAAGCUUGGACGGGGCAAGGCGAGGAAGAAGGACCAAGGUGGUGGACGGAAGGAGGUCAAAAAAGUGACCAUUCUUUCGGCAGCAGAGGCCAAGGCGCUCAAGGCGCAGACUGGGGGUUCGAGUGGGGCCGGCAAUGGCGAUGGUGACAGCGGCUCGGCUGGUGCAGGGUCUGGUGCUGACUUUUCUGACGGAGUCGAUGCGAGUCUGCUGUACCCGAGCAAGCCGGUCGAUGAAGUGGUGGGCGAGAUCCAGCGGAUGAAGGACAGGGAGCGCGAGAGUCUCACCUCGACCGUGGCUGAGAUCGAGGAGGAGAACGCGGUGUUGGCGGUGGAUCCGUCCAAGACGAUACACCCGAAAGUGGUCAUGGCUGAGCUGAAGGAGCUGGCUGGCCUGCAGAGCGAAGACGGGAUGCUGAUUCCGGGCAACGCGCCGCUGGUCCCGUCGUUUGUGGCGUACGCACACGCGCGUCAGAUGGUGCUCAGCUCGCGGUCGACGCUCAUGUCGCGCGGCAUGCUCCGCGUGCUCAACGCCAAGCUCCACGAGGCACUCGGCAGCGAGGUCGCCAACAAGCUCAUUGCAGCGUCCAAGUACACUGCGCCGUUCCGGCCCGACGCGGCGGUCCUGGAGAGCGGCAGCAAGGCGCAGCCCAGGGCCGGCGAGAGUGGCAACGAGAGCGAGCAGUCGAGUGAGUCUGGCGGCGCCGGCGUCUCACGCGGUGUGGCACUCGGCCUCGGCGCGGUUUUUGCGCUCCUGUCGCAGGCGCACGCGACGGAUCCGCAGCUGACGACGACGGCGCUCACGGUGGUUACCGACCUGCUCGCCGAGUUCCUCCCGGGCGAGCUUGCGCGGGCCGAGGAUGGGUUCUACCUCGACGAGCUCGAGGAGCUGCUCCUCUCGAUGCUCGACGGAAGCUCGAGUGAGGCAGCGGCGGCGACGGUCUCGGCGCUGCUCUCGCUGGCGCUGGCGCGCAUGUCGCGGGCAUCGCUCGCCACGCUUGCUACGCGGCUGGUGGAUCUCGCGGCCAAGGCCGAACCGCAGACGAUCACUGCUCCUGUUGGUCUCUCCAAGACCGCCCGUAUGGUGCUCAAGUACAUGUACGAGGUCAGCAGCGGUCGCGGGGCCAAUGACGGCGCAACUGGUGACGGCAACGGCAGUGGCGCAGCGGCUGUGAUGACGGCCGACGCCGGAGACGGCGUGGCCCUCGACGGCGACGCGUGCAACGGCGCGGUCUUGGCAGCAGCGGCCGACGGCGACGCGCUGUACGUCCACUUUGCCGGCGGUCGGCUCGUGUCGUUUGAGCGCGAGAAUGGCACCGUGCGGGCAUCGCGGGACGGCUUUUAUCCCGAAGCGACGACGUCGGCGCUCGCAGUCAGGGGCGAGCAGCUCUACUGCACGUGCUCGGAGAUGUCGCUCGGGGUGGUGGCGGUGCUGAGCAGCGGCAGCCUGGCCGACGCCUCGCUUCUUGUCUGCGACAUUGGUGUCUCGGAGAGCUUCCAGGACCUGCCGCUGCUCUCGGUCUCGUUUUGCGACGCCGGGCUGGCGGCCAUGUAUGGCACGGCUAUCCGCAGACAGUGCGUGGUCAAGACGUAUGCGCUGGAGGCCGACAUGCCGCUGCUGAACGUGAGCUCGCUCGAUGCUGUAGCGGCCGAGGCGACCACCGGCGACAUGUGUGUCUUUGGGCUGAGUGGCGUGCGAUCGUGGGAUCCGGCCGGCGGCGCGGGCUUCCGGGUCCUUGCCGACAAGGCGCCGAGCGAGGCGCUCGCCGGGGCAACGCUCGCGGAUGUGGCCGUCAUCGACGAGCUCACACUGUUUGUCACCAGCGCCGGCCAUGUGCUCUUCCGUGGCACCGAUGCCGGGCUCGGCGGCGCCGAGGUGAGCCGACAGGUGGCCGAGUACGAGCCGCUGCGGGAGCUCUCUGUGGCGCGCAUUGUCGUUCCGCCACCGCGGGGCGAGGGCGUGGCCGCAGCCAAGUACGUGCAUGUUCUGACUCGCGACGGCGGGCUGUAUGUGCUGGGCGACACGUCGCAUCCGACCGACGCCAGCGCCAGCGGAGUGGAGCUGGCGCUUGCCGGCGGCGGCGCGGUUGCGGGCUCGUUCUCGCCUGUCCGACUCGUCCGGCCUGCGGACGAGACCGACGGCACACCGUCAGUGGUGGCGGAGGCGCAGAUCGCCAUCGAGGUCCAGGCCAUCGACGUGGCGUCGAAUGGGACGACACUGUAUCUCAUCGACGAUAACGGGCGAGUCUCUGCGUGCGGCAAGUCGCCACUCGGCUUCAAGGCCGCGUCCGAGGCCAACGUCGAGCCCAGGCUCAAGGCUGUUCCCAAGCUCUCGUCGAUGACGGCAGUGCGGGUGUCUGCCAGCGAGCUGCACGUUGCUGUGCUUGACAACAAGGGCCAGGUGUGGGUGUGCGAGAAGGGCGCCAACUCGCGGUUUGCCAAACUCGCGCUCGGCGGCAAUCUCGGAUCCCCGUGCGACGUUGUUGCCGGCGACGGAUGGACUGCUGUCCGGACGCUUGAUGGCAAGGUUGCGCGGUUCGCCACGGUGGCAGCAAGCGCAGCCAAGGCCAAAGCGGAGGCCAAGGCGGAGGCCAAGGCGGAGGCCAAGGCCAAGGCUGACGAUAAUGGUGAAGGCGAUGACGGGAGCGCAUCCACGUUUGACAUUGUGCCCAAUGUUGUGCAGGCGCUGGCAUGCGGUGAUGCGCUGUGGACACUCGAUGCGCACGGGAAGUUGGUGGAGCACCGCGGCGAUGGCGAUGGCGCGGGCGCCGCUCGGCUUGCGUUGCCCGAGUCGGGCGUGGUCGCGUUUGGCGUCGGAAGUGAUGGGCGGCUCGAGGCCGCCAUUGCGCCGCUUCUCUCCAGAAGCGCUCAGACCGAUGGCGGGAGUGUGUUUGCGAGCGCAGGCAAGAUUGUGCUCCGGACACCGCUCUCGCGUGAGACGUCAGUCGGCGGCACGGCGACAGUGGUGCGGCGAGCUGCAGCGGUGACUAGUGUGACAGGCUCGGACGGUGCGCUCGUGGUUGCUCGCAACGGCGACGUGCUGCGUGCAGUGAGCGUGGCGGCGAGCUCGGCCAAUGGACCGGCGGCGGCGAGGUCCGAGAGUGAUGAGGCCGAGGGCGAGGCUCUGGACGCCGAGGUGACUCAGCUGGAGCUCGGCGGCGUGCCAGGAGUUGUAGCACAGAUGCUGGCACAGCUGAGCAAGGACAGCAGUGGCGGAAGUGACUUGCUCUCAGCGUGGGCUCAACUCGAGUACGGGCAGAUUGUUACAUCGCCGUCGCGGUUCAGUAACGCGUACACCGGCUGGCAGCUGCGUGCUGUGGAGAAGAUUGGCAUGACAGUCAGAGGAGCGAAGGCCGUGGCGCUGCAUGGCAUCGGAACGUACGGUGGCGACGGCGAGUACACGGUGUCGUUUGAGGUGAUCGAGUCCGGGACCGGGCGCGUGGUGGCGCGUGGGGCGUCGUCGUUCAAGUCUUCCACUGCAUCGGUUGUGCCGCUCAAGUGCACCAAGCCUGGCGUGCUCAUCCCGAACGUGCGCUACGCCGUUGUGGUGCAGCAGAAGCUCAAGAGUGGCGGCGGCGGCAUGCAGUACUACGGAUCGGGAACACAGAGCCCGUUCCAGGUUUUCCUCCCGAGUGGCGCCAUCAAUAUCCUGUGGUCGACGAUCGAUAACAACGGCGGGACCAACGUUUCGUCGGGCCUUAUUCCCACGCUGGAGCUCUCGGAUGUGUGUGUGAAGAAGUCGGCGGGACCGACAGCGUCGUACUCGCUAGCAUCUGCAAAUGCUGACAAGACGCGGAGCAGCAUGAUGGCGGCACUGCAGGCGGCCGAGGCGAUGGUGAGCAACACCGAGGCUGUGAGCACGGUCCGCGAUGCGGUUCGCUACGUGACCAACUCGAUGGGGGAGGUGCCACGGUUCGGCACGGACGCGCAGCUUGUGGAGCGGCUCGGCGAGGUGGUGCAUGCGUUUGUGGUUGCCCAGGGUGCCGAGACCGCACGUCCGGCCUUUGUCUCUGCGUAUUCGUUUGUGUUCCGCACAUGGGAGGCUCGUGCUGAGGCGCUGGUUGCGCUGCUCCGCGAAGUGGUACAGACUGGGUACGGCAGCGACCUGCUCCGUGUCCACGCGCACGCCCUUGCAGAGCUGCCCGGUUUUGCGGCGCACUUGCUCCAUGCGUCGCCGGCCGAAGCCAUGGUUGGCAGCAGCGGCAGUGGCAGUGGCAAGGGCAAGGAGGAGACUGAUGCGGUGGACGGCGGCGUAGGCUCCGGCUCCGGCUCUAGUUCUGGAUCAGGCCUGGGGCUGCUGCUGCUGGAAGCAGCGCGUCUGGAGCCUGCGGUGAUGCCGUUGCUGAAGGCGUUUGUGUCGGGCCUGCACACCUGUGUUCUGCACAACAAGCCGCAGCACAGCGGCGGAAAGGUGGUGGAGGCGCCGAUUGCGAGUGUGACGCGGUUUGAGAACCGCGGUCCAUCGUGGGGCUACGGCUCGCGCGAUGCGCUGCAGGUGUCGGCGGCCGAGGACGUUGUGCUCAUCGGGUUCUCGCCGAUUCACGGCAGCGGGGACUACAAUGGCAACAUCGAGAUCAUGGACGAAGCCAGCGGCGACGUGCUCUACAAGCAGGAUGACAUCAACCUCGAGUGUGUCUCGCCGGACGAGCCGUGCGAGAUGGUUGCGCUCGACGAACCGCUGGUUAUGGACGCCGGGGUCAACUACACGCUUGCAUGCACCUUUCAUGGCUCGUCGGGCAACCGCGGACUCAACGGUGUGGCCUCAGCUGAUGGCGACGACGGAGUCGCAUUUACAUUUACUGGCUCGCGGCACUCGCACAACGGCACGUCGGUCGAGUACGGACAGCUGCCGGUGCUUUACUAUCGGCGGGCGACAGCGGUCGCGGUUGUGACUCCCGCGGUUGUCGACGACGAGUCGUACGAGAAUGCCGUCAGCGAGUGGCGCAGUGUUGUGGCGAUGUAUGUGACCAUGGCUGCCGAGGUUCUGAAGACUGAGGAGCUUUCCAGCGCCGUGGCGGGCGUGGUGGCGGACGUACUCCAGCUGCCGGCCGGCGUGCUGAUUGGCGAGGAGAACGGGAUUCUUGCCGAUGCGGCUGCAGCGCUGGCGCAGCGGGCGUCGGCGACCAAGAUGUGCCCGCCGGGAAGCGAGGAGGAGCCACAGCGCGCUACGUUCAUCGAGUCGGCGCACCCGUACCCUGACGGCGUGACGACGGUGCAGGAGGUUGUAGUGCCGGGCGAAGCGGCAGUUGUGGUCUUUGACGCCGAGUCGCGGACGCUGGGGCCGGACGACACAGUGCAGGUGUUCUUGGACUCGAGCCUAACGACGGCGAUCACGCCCAAGAUGUAUGGCGAGACCAACUGGCCCAAGGCGCCGGUUCUUGUGCCGACGUCCAAGUUCUGGAUUGCGAUCCAGUCAGCCAAGCUUCCACAAAUGCUCCCGCACGGGCUGGAUGUUGAAGCAGCGCGGCGCGGAUACGGUGCACUCGUGUACAGCGUGCCGCGGGCUGACAGCGAGCUGUCGACAGCAUCAGAGGGGGUGUACCUGGCAUGCCGGGCGCUGGCUAUGGCGGAAGAGGCGCUGGCGAGCGUCGAGUACGAGACGACGCCUGUGAGCAAGGCGCUGCCGGAAGAUGCAUCCGCCAACGAUGUGGCUGCGGCGGCCGAGGCUGCGGCGGCCAAGGCCGAGGCAGCCAAGGCAAAGGUGGAGCGGAUGCUCAAGGAGGUGCCGCUGCUUGGCAACGGCAUCGAGCCGAGCGAGGUGAGCAGCGCAACGCGUCGGAUCCGUAAGUUCCUCUCGGACUUUGUGGAAGAGAAGGAGGAUAGCUCUGGCGGGCAGCUGGGGCUCUGGCUGUGCGGACUUGUGUUUGGUGAUGAUGAGCCCAAGGCGAGCGAGUCGGCCAAGGCGGACGCGGAUGCGGACACGGACGCGGACGAGGAAGCCGAAGCAAUGAGCAAGUUGAAGCGGAGUGCGCGGACUCUCUUUGCGGCGCACCUCCAUCACCAGAACCUUGUCGAGUAUGCGAUGGCGGCAUGCGUUGAGCUCAAGUUUGCCGGAGCGGAGCAGAGCCAGAUGCUCUCGGCGCUGAAGACGCUGUGGCUGAAGGUAUGCAAGGCACUCCAGCCGUGGGGCACCAAGCUCGGCAUGCUGAACGAUGACGCGAUAUCGGGCGACGGCAGCGAUGCCAUUGAGACGCCCAACGACAAGGCGGUGUCUGGCAUCGCUGUGGCAGCGGCAGCAUAUGCUGCGGCUGGCGAUGACGAUGACGACGACGACGACGACUUUGCGCUUGCGCUGGACAUUCUGUUCUCGGAGCCGCGCAAGGCUGGCGAGGUUGUGGUCAGCAGGGUGUGCGCGGAGAUGACGAUCGACGAGGUCCAGGCCAAGGCGCAGCUGCUGCUGGAUCUCCAGGCGCGGGCGCUGUUUGAGGACGUGGUCGGGACCGAGGGCGAAGGGGAGUGCGACGGCGACGGGCGUGGCGGCUCCGAGUCCGAGUCAGACUCUGACGACGGCCCGCCGCCGAUGCUCUCGCGUGCGCACUCGGACUUUAACGCAAGUGCGGCACGGGGGAUCGCACCGCAUGUGCAGCGGACAACGCAGCGGAUGGCAACAGUGGCAGACCUCGGGUCGCUGCUGGAUGUGCAGUCGAGCCGACGGGCCAAUGAGCGUGGCGGGCGCGACGCGCGCGGGAGCAGUGCCGGCCGCGGCGAGGUGGUCAAGCUUGUGAGCUCUGCAACGUACCAGACGAUCAUGCGACUCAUGUUUGAGGAAAGCUUUGACGUGGUGGCGAUGCGGUCGCGGGUGGAGCGAACCAAGAGUAUUGCAGAGGCGCGGGAGCGGACAAUGCGGACGCUGAACGAGCUGCUGGCCAGCUCCCGCGACGCCGAGGCGCAGGCAAUUGUGCUGUGGAGCGUGUGCUCGCAGCUGCGCAGUCGCAGCAAACGGCACUACUCGGCCGGGAUCGAGGGCGCCGGACUGGGGCUCGUUCAAUCUCUGCGCGAGGCGUUCCACGCCCUCUACCGCCGGAUCGCGCUCCUCAUCACGGAUGGCGCGUCCGAGGCGGUGCAGCAACUUGCGGUGGCGUGCUUUGACCUGGAGUUUGAGGCAGCAGACCAUCCGCAUCUGCAGGCCAGCGGCGUGUUUGGCCUGCUCCGGUCUGUGAUGCAGAGCAAGAGCACCGAGAGCGGGAAGGGGCGCAGGUGA